AUGACUGACAAUGCUGAUGAAUUAACAACAACGACGAAAACAUUUUGUUUUAGUUCUGGUGAACUUAUAACUCUUGAAGAUGAUCAAAUUGAAAAAAUACCUUAUUUAAUUGCUCUCGUAUCUUCUGCUCAUAAUUUUCAAUCAGUAUGUGAUAAAAAUGGACAUUUUAAACUCGAUUCAUUGAUUCAAUUUAAACAAUUUUCUUUUGCUAUUCAAUCACUUUCAUUUCAUUCAGUUCGACAAUUAUUUACUCAUUUGCCUAAAGCAAAUGAUAUCAUAUCUAUAAUUGCAUUGUUAGAUUUUCUUGGUAUUGGACCUCAAUCAGAUCCUUCAUUGAAACAUGUUGAUUCAACUUUCUUUUCAAAAGUUGUAUAUAGUCCUUUCUUAAACGAAGAUUUACAAAUAAUUCGACUAUGGGAUAUUCAAAAUAUGGCUGUUCGAUUUGCUAUUGCAAUGGCUAAGGGAGAAUAUGAUUUUAAUAAUAGGGAAGUAAUCGAUCAAAUAUAUUGGUUUUUAAUGUUUAUUUUAAGUGCUUAUAAAUAUUUCGGAUCUCGUCUUCGCCAUCAUGUAUAUGGAAUAGCUAAACAUUGGUUUUCUCUAUUCAAACGUUCUCGAUUAAAAUGUCUCCGAAAACUUGUAUCGACAACAGAGAAAAAUAGAAGAUUUCGAUAUGGGAUUAAUGAUGGGGACGCUGAUCCUGAUGCAGAAACCGAAGACACUAUGGAACAGUUAUUUGCCAGUAAUAAAGUGGAAUGGUUCUAUAUGAGUCGCCGUCCAUCAUUGCAAAGGCGCCGUGACCUUCUUAAUCGAGAAAAUUCUGAUUAUUAUUCCGAUUAUUAUUCCGAUUAUUAUUAUGAUUAUUAUUCUGAAUAUUAUUGCUACUCUCGUCUAUCUUCGUGUUGGAGAUCAAUACGUGAAGAUGAUAUUUUGGACAGGGCACGUGAACGUAUAAUAGAGAUUAUGUAUAUGCGUUUAGCAAGUCAAAUAUAUCAACAAAUAAGAGAAGCAAUACGUAAACGUCAAUUGAACUUCGAGCAACUAAAGAAUGUUGAAUCAAUAUUAGAAGAUUUCUUCGAAUGUAAACUCGUACAACAGGAAAUGCGUGAGUGUAUAUUAGAAGAAAUAUACGAUUCGAUGUCCAAAGUGGAGAAAACAUAUGAUAAGUUAUUGAAAAAGUUACAGGGAUAUAAUUUGAAUGAAGAAAUAUCAAAUCGGAAUGAUAUAUAUUUAUUCUUCGGGAUAUUUCGCGAGCGUCCUUUUAAAUGUAUUCAAGAAAAAGCGUUAAAGUAUGAGCGCUUAUUGGAUAGAUUACAUGAAUGCUCAAGUAUAGUAGAAGAAAUACGAAACGAUGUAGUAAAGUCAUUGUAUCAAGUCAUACAAAAACAAAUAGUUACCUGGGAAAACACAGUAAAAGAAAUAGUUGAAUUGCAUCGAAUACUUUCAGAUACGUCUACAAUGAAACCAAUAUUCGAUUUGUCAUCAAAAAUAAAACAUAAACACUAUCAAAUGCCAAUCAAUAAGCCUUUAUCGAAAAUUCAACGCAAGUAUUCAAUACGUUAA